AUGAAUGGAGAAGCUGUACGGCCAUCGCUAUUAGGUUGGAGGCCAUCGCUAUUAGGUUGGAGGCCAUCGCUAGUAGGUUGGAGGCCAUCGCUAGUAGGUUGGAGGCCAUCGCUCUUAGGUUGGAGGCCAUCGCUCUUAGGUUGGAGGACAUCGCUCCUUGGUUGGAGGACCUUGCCCUUGGGUUGGAGGACAUCGCUCUUAGGUUACAGGAUUCAGCUGGUUCAGCUCCCUUUUCGACCCCUGGACACGUCUUCCACCUCACGACUCUUGGAAGCAGCAGGCAACGGCGACCUUCCCAGCUUGCAGGCCUUGUUGAUGGAACCUCAAGACCCCGACCAGACGAAUUGGAUGGGGAAAACGGCCUUGUCUCAGGCAGCAGACAAUCACCAAGUGGAAAUCAUGCGCAUUUUGCUGCAAGCGAUGGCUCAUGUCAAUCAAACGGAUGAGGAGGGUCGAUCUCCACUCUGGAUCGCUUCCCAACAUUCCCAGCUGGAUGCUGUGGUUUGUCUUUUGGAAGCUGCGGCAGACGUCGACCAAACGGACCACGCUGGCCAAACACCUUUGUACAGGGCAACAUCUCAUCAACACUCCUCGACAGUAUUGAAGCUGCUGGAAGCCAAAGCUAGUGCCAACAAGUGCUGCCAUGAAACCUCACCGCUUUGGAUUGCCUGCCAGUCUGGAAAUUCGAAAAUCGUGCAGUUGCUGCUGAGUGUGGGCGCGGACAAGAACAAACUGGAUGCUCAAGGCCGAUCUCCUCUCUGGAGUGCUUGUGGUGCCCGUUUAGAGACGGACAACGUCAACACCUCCUUCGGUGACCAUUUGGAAGCUGUGCGACUGUUACUCGAGGCCAGCGCUCACUGUGAUACACCGGACGAGAAGGGGCGAUCGCCCCUGUUGCUUGCCUGUGAACGAGGACGUCUCAAAGCCGUUGGGCUCCUACUCACCGCAAGAGCAACUAUCAGUCAACGUGAUCACGAUGGACAGUCUCCCUUGUUGGUUGCAUGCCAAGCAGGACACUUUGACGUGGCUCACUUUUUGCUCUCCGAAUCUGCAGAUCAUAGCCAGAUGUCGAAACGAGGAGAGACUGCGUUGAUCCUUGCUGUGAAGCACGGACACCUCGACUUGGUGCGUGUUCUGUUGGAAGCGAGAGCGGAUUUUGAUAGACCAGACAUCAAUGGCAAGUCGCCCUUGUUUACCGCUUGCCAAUAUGGACAUGCUGCGGUGUCCUCCGUCCUGUUGAGUGCUGGCGCAGAGAAAGACGCAGCCGACGGUGAAACUCCCACAUGGAUCGCGUCCCGAUCCGGCCAUGCAGAUGUGUUGCGCAUUUUGUUGGCAGCUGCUGCAGAUGUUAAUCAAGCGGCCCAGGGUGUUUCUCCGCUGUGGAUGGCAAGCCGUGCAGGUCAUGUGGAAUCAGUGGAGGUUUUGCUUCAGCUGGCUGACAAAGAGCGAGCAGACUGUGAUGGCAAGACGCCACUGUGGAUCGCUUGCUGCGCUGGGCAUGCUGAGAUCGUCCGAGUUCUCCUCGACGCCUCGUGCCGUUUAGAAGCAGACCGAAGCGGGCGGACGCCCUUGGCUGUGGCCUCCGAGUUUGGUCACGUGGACAUCGUGCGCCUGUUGACGCGUCGCCGAAGGGAACAGGAUUGGAAGGAAGAAGUGAGUGAAGCAAGUCCGUUGAUGGCAGCUGCCCGUGAAGGACACCACGCGGUGGUCGUGGCUUUGUUGGAAGCUGGGGAGGAUGUGAAUCAAGUUGACCGAAAACGGAGAUCUCCUUUGUGGAUGGCCUGUCAAUCUGGUCACUUGCAAGUGGUCCGUUGCCUCUUGAAGGCAUUUGCUGGCUUGGACCAAGCCACCUAUGAGGAGGAGACGCCUCUCUUCACCGCAGCCCUUCAGGGUCACAGCGACGUGCUGAACACACUACUCGAGGCAAAAGCGCAGAAGGACAAGACUAACAAGGACGGCAAGUCACCACUCUGGAUCUCUUGCCGCCUUGGUCACAUGAACGUCCUUGAUGCUUUGCUGGAGCACACUGCGUGCGAUGCUGCGAAGGAACUCGACCAACCGGAGAACCAGGGCCGUGCGCCGCUUUGGAUUGCUGCACGCGUGGGACACCAUCGGGCAGUGCAGAGCUUGCUGAAUGCCAAGGCGGAGAAGGACACGGUUGACCUUGCUGGGAAAACUGCUUUGCUGGUGUCCAGCCGUUUCGGUCACAAAGAUGUAGUCAAUGCAUUGCUUCAGGCGAAGGCGCAUCAGGACCCUGACGAUUCUGGAAAAUCGCCCCUAUACUACGCUUGCUGCUUUGGACAUGUGGACGUGGUUGGCCAGCUGCUAAAGGCUGGAGCCAAUCCGAAUCAGGCUUCGUCAAAAGGCAAAAGUCCUUUCUCUGCAGCUUCGUCGCAUGGGCACGUGGAAGUCUUGAAAAUGCUCUCUUCUGCUCUUGGUGAAACUGACAACAUCUGA